AUGUCCUUCUACUUCUCGGACAAAGCAGUGCUGCUUUUUGACUUCUGGAGCGUCCACACCCCCACAGGGAUGGUGCUCUCAGUGCUGGUGAUCCUGCUGCUGUCCAUGCUCUAUGAAGCCAUCAAGAUGGGCAAGGCUGUGCUGCUGCGGCGGGCGCUGCGGGCGCUGCCCCCCAGCCUCAGCCAG